AUGACUAGCGGUGCCACUGCUCAGAAUGCGUUCAUCGUCACUCCUCGCGAGAACGACCCGUACAGCUACCAAGCUGGCUUUGGAAACCGUUUUGCCUCAGAGGCCAUUCCGGGUACUCUGCCUCUCGCCCAGAACAGCCCGAAGAAAGUCAAGUACGAUCUGUACACCGAGUGUAUCAAUGGCACUUCCUUUGUCGCUCCGCGCUCCCAGAAUCAGUUCACGUGGAUGUAUCGCAUGCGCCCGUCUGUAGCCCACAAUGGCUUCCGCAGGCUCCCGGACAAUCCGGAUCUCGAGGCGAACUUCCACCCGUCCAAUCCUCGUGUGCACUUCAGCCCCACCCAGCUUGCCUGGAGUCCUCUGGACAUCCCGCCCGCUAACCAGAAAGUCGACUUUGUCGCCGGGUUGAAGACGCUCGCCGGCAGCGGAGACCCGACGACUCGCGAGGGCCUUGCGACGCACGUCUAUGCUGCGAACAUGUCCAUGGAGAAGACGGCCUUCUGCAACGCCGAUGGCGACAUGUUGAUCUUGCCGCAGCUGGGCAGGUUGGAUAUACAGACUGAAUUCGGAAAGCUUAUGGUUCGCCCCGGAGAACUUGUCGUUGUCCAGCGUGGGAUCAAAUGGAAGGUUGCCUUACCUGACGGUCAUGCACGUGGCUAUGUUCAAGAAAUCUUCGGUUCUCACUACGAGCUUCCGGAAUUGGGCCCUAUAGGUGCAAAUGGCCUUGCCAACCCUCGUGACUUCGAAAGUCCGGUUGCCAGUUUCGAUAUCGACCAAUCUCCGUGGGCCAUCAUUUAUAAGGUCGGCGGACAACUCUUUGUGUGUAACCAGGACCACACGCCGUUCGACGUGGUCGCCUGGCAUGGGAACUAUAUUCCGUACAAGUACGACCUCGACAAGUUCGCAGCCAUGGGCAGCAUCCUCAAGGAUCACGCCGACCCGUCCAUCUAUUGUGUUCUCACUGCAAAGUCGAAGACGCCCUCGGCCCCUUUGGUCGACUUCGCGAUCAUCAGCCCGCGCUGGGACGUGACCAAAAACACCUUCCGCCCCGCGCAUUACCAUCGCAACUGCGCAACGGAGAUGCUGGGUAUGAUCCAUGGUUCCUAUCGAGCGCGCAAUGAGGCGUUGGUUACCGGAUCAUUUAGCCACGAGUCGGGAUUUUGCCCUCACGGUGUGUCCUAUGAAGAGUUCAAGGCGGGCAGAGAGGCCCCGGAGACCCCCCAGGUAGUCCACGCUGACACUCUCAUGAUCGUGUUCGAGUCGUGCCUGCAGACUACUCUGACAGACUUCGCGAUGAACCGGUCUGGCAAGCUACACGAACAUGACCCUGCGAUGUGGAAGGACAUGAAGGCCCAGUUCCUCGAUCACGUCUCUGAGAUCAAUGCCGACCUUCAGGCUGCCGGUCUUCCCAAGCUCGGGGCGAAGUUGUGA